CCUUUGCAGGUUAUCUCAUCCUCUUUAGCAUUUCCAGUGGUGUUGACUAGUUGUAGGCGGUUUCACAUGAUUUCUUUCGUAGACUAAAGGAGAACAACCGGUACCUACUUGAAUUUAACUGCACGAAAGAAGAUCCAAGGGCCGUCAUCACACAAUAAGAGACAUGCCUUCGCCACCCUUCAAUAUGAAUACAUUUAACACCACAUCAGCAGACCGAGUUUCUGGCGUAGAUCCGUUUCGAGCCCACAUGGAAGCUCUGGAAGUUGCUGGGAAGAUGAUUGAGAAACAGAUGACUCUGGACAAUAGCUUUCCUCUCUUGACAGAUCGCAUGAGAAUCACAGCCAAGAGUGGACCAACUGUAAGCGGGCUCAGUGAGUUGGACUAUCCUACUGUCAACGCCAUGUCUGGACUGUCCUCCAUCACUCAACUUCGGACCAUGAACAAAGUGCCACUUCCACCGGAGAUAAUGGAGCACUUCGGUCACAUGCAGUGCCAAUGCAUGAUGGGAGUGUUUCCUGAAAUCAACCGAGCUUGGCUCACGAUUGACAGUGACAUUUAUAUAUGGGAUUUUGAACAUGGGACAGACGUGGCAUACUAUGACGGACUGAGUGAGACCAUUGUCAGUGUUGGGCUGGUACGACCCAAGCCAGGAGUAUUCCAGAACUAUAUCCGCCACUUGCUGGUGCUCACCACUACAGUUGACAUCGUUGUGCUGGGUGUCUCCCUCUCUUCUGCCCAAGGUGCGGCUGGGCCACUCACAGAGAUCCACCUGACCCCGGAGAUCAUCUAUACACUCCCCACAGAUGGUGUGCCCAUUGGCGUCAUAACUGGGACUGCUAUGGGACGCAUCUUUCUGGGUGGCAAGGACGGCAGUCUCUUUGAGAUACACUACCAGAAAGAGAUCGGAUGGACAGGAAAGAGGUGUAAGAAGGUGAACCACUCAACAGGGACCCUGUCAUUCCUUGUUCCAUCAUUUCUGAAUGCAGCGUUCAGUGAGGAUGACUCUAUAGCCCAGAUCUCUGUGGACAACUCCCGCCACAUUCUGUACACAUUGUCGGACAAGGGAACCAUCUCCGUGUUUGACCUUGGAGACAAUGGGAUGUCGACAGGGCGGCUGGCUUGCUUAUCACAGUCUGCUAUCACGCAAGCAGCUCUCAGUAUAGCCAGGACGCUAGAUAGCUCAAACUUCAACCAGUUGGUGAGUAUCAGUGCCAUGACAGCGGAGGAGUCUGCUCACUUGGGGCUGGUUGCCGUGACGACUGCAGGCAGCCGUUUAUACUUCUCGACAGGAGCUGCCGGUCAGCGUCCGACCACUCUCCAACUUUUUCAUGUACGUCUGCCACCUGGAUUUGCUGCCAAUGCUCCCACCAAUCGACCUAGCACUGUGCACAUUGCUCUUUACUCUCAUGGUAAUCUAAUACUGGUGACAUCACCGGGAGGUAACCAAGACAAGGUGUGGAGUUUGAGUGGGGAUCUGUUCCCCCUCCAGCCUACACUGAGUGAGACCCAGAGUGUGGGACGACUAGAUGGAGUGGCCUGGGCGCUGCAAGAAAUGUACCUCGGAGACCCUCCCUCCUCCUCCUCCACCAGCCAUCCCCUACCACCACUUAUUGUGCGACAACACUAUGAGCCAGCUCGACAGUUUGUCAUUCUAACACCUAAUGGAGCUGAGAUUAUGAAGAGUCUGCGGCCAGUUGAUGUGUUAAGUCAGCUGUUACAGCAGUACAAUGGUCCAGAGAGUGAUGUAGUCAAGGCCUACUUCCAGUCCCAGACUGAGGACCAGGCCUGUGCAACCUGCCUGCUGCUGGCUUGUGACCUCAGUGUCCACAACACCCAGUUGGCAGAGUGGGCAACAAGAGCAUUCUUCUUGUAUGGUGGGGAGCCCAAGGUAGCUUCAGCGCAGGUUCUCAGUCCACCGUCCUUCCAGUACUCUCUACCUCCAGGUUUCAACCCCGCUUCCGUGUCAACACCAGUGGGCCGUUCUGUCUAUUCACCCCCUGACAACUGUCAAGUCCAGUUCUCUGCUAAACAUAACGGUCUCUACCUUUUCAUCAGCCGCAUCCUCCGUCCGCUCUGGAACUCCAGAAUUGUACAAAAAGUGUCCAUUAGUGGCAAGCAAUAUUUGGUGAGUAGUGUAUCAGGCAAGGAAGUUACUGUGGUGGCAUCCAAACUGCUGGCUCUCCGUUCCUUCCUAGAGAAAAACACACAGUUCACAUACAAUCCGGGUUCGCAGAGCUAUAUGACAACAGUGGAGACAACACCUGUAGCAGCUGGUCGCAGCCGACUUCAGGAGGUACAGCUGCAGGAGAAGCACAGCCUUGAUGCCCUCACCACUCUGGUAGACCACUCCUGUCAAGUGUUGGGUCUGUGGAAGAUCAUGUGUGAACACCAGUUCCAUGUAAUUACUGAUACCAUGCCAUCGGAGCAACAGACAGAGAUGGGCAUGGCAACCUUCCGAGACCUUAUUCUUGUUGGGCAGGACAUUUGUACUACUCUUAUCAACAAACUUAUCAACACAUAUUUAAGUGACAACACAUCCAUUGAUCCGAUAAGUCUCAAACUGCGGAACACAUGUCCCAAACUGUACCGCAAUGAAGAUGCUGCUUGUUCUAAGGCCAAUGAAAUGAUAAAUGUUGCCAAGACAAAGCAAAACAGAGAAGAACAGGAGAAACUUCUAACUUCAGCUCUGAAGCUGUGCAAGGAGGUGGCACCUCAGAUCAACCUGUCCGGCAUCUGUCGUCAAUUGGUGGCCUGUCACUACUACAACGGAGUCGUGGAGCUAGUGCUGGAGUGUGCGGCCAAGUGUGACCCCAAAGAUAUAGCCUUGCACUACUACACUACAACUCAGCCUGGCGACGACACACUCGGCUACCAGGCUUAUGCGCAGAGACUAGAUUGUUACAAAGAAGUGAAGGCAGUUCUAGACCAUCUACGACACAAGAGUAACACCGCUUCGUACAGCAUCCCUACCAGACCGGGAUUACCUCCUCCCCAGCCCCCACCCAGUGCCUCACCACUUGACGACACCACCAAGGUGGAAGAUGUGAUCAAGCAGUGUAUGGAGUCUACAGACCAGCUGUUACACAUGGAGGUGUAUGAGUGGUUGGUGUCACACCGACUCUACGGUGAUCUGAUAACAGUAGCCAAGCCCAGUCUCGAACUAUUCCUCAAGCGAGCCACAGCAAGUCCCGCCCGGCGUGAUGCGGCAGAGUUUGCUGAUUUGUUAUGGAAGUAUCAUGAACGCCAUGGCAAUCAUUCAGCUGCAGCACAGAUUUUAUAUUCACUUGCCAAAACUCCUGGUGAAAACCUGACGCUUGAGCAGCGCAUCACAUAUCUGGCAAAGGCAGUAUUGUGCAUGCGCAGUGAUCAAGUGGGCUGUGCUCCCCACCUUGGAGUCUUUCUACAUGAGCUGGAGGACUACCUGGAAGUAGCAAAUGUCCAGAAAAAGGUGUUGGAUGCCCUAAGCAGUUCUCUUAGUAUGCACAGGCAAGCAGACGACGCAAUCAGAAGACUCAACUCUUGUCUGCUAACUAUAACAGAGCUGUAUGCCGACUUUGCUGAGCCAUACAAUCUGUGGGAGUGUAAACUGGCCAUCAUAGAUGUGUCGGGACAUGACGACCUGGAUCUCAUACAAAGGAUAUGGGACAACAUAAUACAAGAUGAGUUGAGGAAAAGUACCAGCCUGGCACCUGAGGACAAGGUGGGGGUGGUGUUGGCCAAGGUCAAGGAGUUGGGCACCCAGUAUCUGGUCAGUUCCCGAUGCUUUCCUGUUGCAUACUUGAUGUGGCAGUUGGAGCAACUGUCUUGUCUGGAGAAUGCAAGCCGUAGCAACGUGUUCAACACUUUCUACAGCAUUGGCAUCACUUUUCCACAAACAGUUGAUAUCUACAAAAAAAUGUACAUAAUGAAUGACCGCUGUUGGGCCAGUCAUGGGAACGAGUUCUAUCUGAUAGAAGUCAUCGCCAGCCUGGCAGAAACAUUAAUCAACAAUCCUAAACUGGUGAAAUCUAGUGAGAAACAAGUUGUUGCUGUCAGCUUACAAGAGCUGAUCACCAGCUGUCUGACUACAGUGUACAGUAGACCCAACACCAGUGAACUGGACACUCGACUUAACAACGCUUUCACUCAGCUCAGUAAACUAUGACCACCAGGAUUUGUCUAAACAAAGACUGACCACAUGAAGUGAUGACGCAACAGUUCAGAUCAGCUGUUUUGUAAAUUUCAUCAUAGCCUACAUGUGUUUUGUAAAUUUUUACUCUUGGAGUGUUUUUAUAUCAGAGAAGUCAAUUAGUGAUGUAAGAUUUUUAUAGGUUAUGUUAAAUUAUUGUUAAUACAUUUUUUUAAAAUCUGGA